ACCACCAGCCCCAGCCCCCAGCCCACAGCCCCACCACCAGCCCACACCCACAGCCCCACCACCAGCCCCAGCCCCACAGCCCACAGCCCCACCACCAGCCCCAGCCCCAGCCCACAGCCCCACCACACAGCCCACAGCCCCACCACACAGCCCACAGCCCCACCACAGCCCCAGCCCCCCAGCCCACCGCCCCACACCACCAGCCCCAGCCCACAGCCCCACCACACAGCCCCAGCCCCACGGCCCCAGCCCCAGCCCACAGCCCCACCACACAGCCCCAGCCCCAUCAGUCCCACCACCAGCCCCAGCCCCAGCCCACAGCCCCACCACACAGCCCCAGCCCCACCACAUAGCCCCAGCCCACAGCCCCACCACACAGCCCCAGCCCCAGCCCACAGC